AUGGACCCGGGAAGUAGCGGCACGAAUGCUAGGGAGGAUAGGUCAGGACCUUCCAGUAUUGGUGGAGGAGAUACAGAUGCUGUGCUGUGCAACGUCACUCAACAGGUACAAUCAAGUGAAGGUCAAGGAAGAGGAUGUUCUGAAGACAGCGUUCCAAACUUGGAGCCCGAGGAGCACAAGGAUCACUUGAGAAUAGUUCUUCAGGUGCUAAGAGAAAGGAAGUUGUAUGCCAAAUUUAAGAAGUGUGAAUUCAUGUUAGAACAUGUCACAUUCCUCGGGCAUGUGAUAUCUAGGGGUGGUAUUUCUAUGGAUCUGAGCAAGAUAAAGGCAAUAGUGGACUGGGUGAGGCCAAAAAAUGUUCACGAGAUUAGGAGUUUCUUGGGAUUGAUAGGGUACUAUUGCCGAUUUGUAGAGGGAUUUUCUAAACUGUCGGGCCCUUUGACAAGAUUUACCAGAAAGAAUGUAAAAUAUAAAUGGACAAAAGAGUGCGAACAGAGCUUCCAGGAAUUAAAGCAGCGACUGAUCACUGCACUGGUACUGACAAUUCCUUCGGGAGAAGGGUAUUUCGUAAUCUAUAGUGAUGCGUCUCCAAAGGGGCUCAGAUGUGUGCUAAUGCAACAGGGGAAAGUUGUAGCUUAUACUUCUUGGUAG